AUGUUGUACUCAAUGUUCAACAGGCGGAAGGGGCAGAAGAAGACAACAAACUUUACCACCGUCAAGCGCGCACAGUCUCCACCUUCCCCCGCGUCAUUCGUCUCUCCGGAGAUCGUCGAUAUUCACGAGAAAGUCAGUGUUGAUGCGCACGCUCACGCCCAGUCCAAUGGCUUCAAUUCUAGCAGAGCGUCGACGCCGCGCGUGCAGCUGGACUUGGACCAUCACUCGAUGUCUAUAUCCGACUGGUUUCCCCAAGGGAUGCUCGGGUCUGAGAUACGGUCUCCUCCGGAGCGCAAUGUUUCCCUACCAGGUGGAAGUGGAGGCAGUGGGCAUGGACAUGGCACGGUGUCCUCGAGUAGGAAUGCCAGUCGAACUCGUGAGAUCUCCCCUCCUUCCCCAGUAGACGACGUGAUUGUCAUUAAGCCGACAAAACCAGAGCCAGAGCAGGCUGAACCUUUUACUAUUACUUCUGUCAUGGAUGCGGAUGCGCAUAGUACACAGAGCAUAACAAGUACGAGCGAUGGCACACCUUCGAGAAAACCUACUCCGAUCAGAAUUCCCGACAAUCCUGCUGCUGCAAAGGUCCAAGUGCAACAUCCCGCAUCGGAAGGUGUUUCCGCCAGCCAGACGUCCAACCUCGCCCUUCCUGGGAGCAACGUCUCAACUCGUCCUCCAACACCAGGGUCCGCUUACACGGAGGAGAUUUCCUCUGCCAUAUCUGGCACUACUCUGGCGCGAGCUCUCGUUGCGAACUCGUUCAUCUUCACAGCAGACACGCGUGCCUCUCGUUACCGCAAUGGCGUCACGCGUCAGGACUCUGCGAUACUCCCCCGCGGUGAUCAUGCACUCAUGCACUCUCCUUCCGAUCGACGGGCCAGCAGUAGUACUGACAUCCAUUCACCCGAGCGUCCCCCGUCCGUUCCACCAGUUCCCCCAUUGCCCCCAAGUGCGGACACUUGCGGUAGUCUGGAUAGCGCUGGUAGCGCCGGGAGAAUCCGUAAAAAUUCCGUUGCGGCACCAGAAUCCCGACGCGGGAGUGCAGAGUUCUCACACGCGCUGGAGGUCUUGCGUGGACACAAGGACCAACCGAGUGCGGUACCGCCAAUAUCGCCUAUUACAGAGGCACCUUCUCCAGCUCCCUCGGUACCGAACACCCCGUCGAUUUGGGACGGAGUAUCGCACACAUCGAAUCGUUCUUCGCAGAAACCACCUUCUAUACGUUGCAGCGUGCAUACAAAAGACGACGAUGUAGUCCCGCCAUCUCCUCUUGUAGAACAAGAGCACGUCAGCACAGAGCCUCCCGCGUCUUCUACUGUAUCGUCGGAUUCGGGGCCUUCCGAGCGGGUAGCUCACAGAAGGAGCAAGUUCAUGCUUGAUCUCACUGUGGAGGGUGCGACAUUUUCAUCACCGCAGCCACUUCCAGCUCUACCUACGACUACCACAGGUUCUUCAUACUCAGCGAACAGCUUCGAAAAGCAAGGAACAUCGACUGCUGGCACCUCGCUCAAAACUUCUGUUUCUGGAAGCAAUGCGAAAAGUCCGUCUGUUACCCGCUCGCGCUCAGAUUCAGGCUUACGGAACUAUAACGCUCCGUAUCGUCCUGUCGUUCUCCUUCCUAUCGGCGAACGGCCCCGCUCUGUGCAAGUUCCCCACUCACCCAUUUCCUCGCCCGUCUCGACCCGUACGCCCUCUGACACUGACCUCCGUGCGCGAAUGUACCUAGGAGCGGGUGUACCAAUCUCUGCCACCGCCCGCCAUAUUGGUGAGACGCCCGUCGACUCGCCGGACCUUCUUGACUUUAUGUUCCCCGUUGCGCCGACGAAUUUGACGUACGAGCGCUCUGGAAGCCAUCUCGCGCCGCUUGCGAUCUCUCCGCAGGACCAGCAGAGUUCCUUACGUAACUCAAGCGUUGAAUCGCUGAUAGCGGGCUCUGCGAGUCGCCAAACAUUCCCCGAGACGCCGUAUGCGUUCAGUCCGCUAUGGUCCGCAGGGGUAGCUUCGCCCAUUCCCCCACCUCCUGCCAGGCCAGGUAUGGAGCACGCGCGAUCGUUACCGAGGACUAAUCGUGGCGGCGUCUUGAUGCGGUUUACCCAGCGAAACCCUUUGUCACGCUCAACGAGUUUUGGCGGUGCCUCGCCGCCUCGUCAUCCGCCCCUCUCUACAGAAAUAAUUCAGAGGAAGUCGUCGGAAAGUGACCCUGGGACGACUGGGUCAUCGGAGUAUUCCCAUGAGCAGCCACAGGCACGCCUGUCGCGUAUUGAAGAAUCGCGCUCGCCUUCUAACCCUCCAUCGCACUCCCCAUCUCCAGAGCCGUCCUUGGCAUCAGGCAGGAGUGGUCGUGCGCCAUCUGAUGGUGCGCACACGAGGGAAGGUGGCUGCACGUCUGCGAGUUUCUUGCACGCAUCUUCUGCUCGAGGUUCAAUGGCGAUGGCAGAAAGUCGAUCCCCGCUUCGCUCACCGUUGCCACCAUUACCCGUCCCAGCAGCGCGGACACCGCCGACCACUCCAUUACCUGCAGUGCCUGCCAUAGAGUACCCUCUCGGCUCUCCGCCCCCUUUUUACGCGCCGUCUGAGGAACCAUCUUCGACGAUAGCUACCCUUGAGGUACGGCUCCAGGCAGAAACCGAUAACGGUGUGCCCGAACGUUUGAGCAUGCCCCCAGUACGCGCGGCUUCACCUCAGCUCUCAAGCUUACUUCCCCGGAAGAGAGCUUUGUCUCCCCUACCAUCACCGCCGCCGUCGGGUGUCCCUUCGCCUCAACCUCCUUCACCGCGUUCGGUGGUAGGAACCCAGCAGACGCCGGAUCAUGCACCUCCGUCGUACGUCGACGACAUGCGAAGACCGUCUCCUCCGGAUACACCCCCCUCUCGUUUAACGGCUAUUCUAGUAUCCAACCGGGCUGUCACUCCUGAUCUGGGCACGCCCACGACGACGUCGAAACGCACUCCGCGCACGAGACCCCCGCUUCCGCUUGGCCCUCGAAAACCUAGCAAUUCUACUGCCUCAUCUUUGUUUUCGGGUCGCUCACGCAAUGGAUCGGUCUCGUCCACCACCAACCUGAGCUCACAUCAUCCUAUGCGCAGACCCUCUGCGGCCACGCUGUCGGCGUCAUUGCCCAGAUUCCAGCGAACAGCAGCCAAGUUCAAAGGGCUAACGAUGGAGCAAGCGCAGUGGACCUUUACUUCACAGCAGUUACAGGAAGUCGUCUCCUCGGCGAUCAAACAGACAGUAGAUCCCUCUGCGAUACGGUUGUUGCCGCUCGACACACUGAAUCACGGUGUGGCAGACGAGAUUCACCGCCUGGAGGCGCUGAGUGCGGAGUUAAAGAACGAGUACAGGUUGAACGCGCGAAGAAGGAGGAUGCUGAUGAGUUCUUUGACUUCCACGAUGGAUAGUCUUGAGCACCCCGAUACGCCUGCCAUAUAUCGGAUGCUGGACGAGCUGUCGGAUCUCGAUGAGACUCUCGAUCAACUUGCAGAGGAGCUCUAUAAUGCCACAGAUCAGCUCAGCCAGUUAAACCUCCUGCGUGAAAUGCACAAGAGUAGCGCGCUUGCAAUGGCACUGCGUAAGCUGAAUACCAAGGUCGUGCAACAGAUCGCGGAGUCCCAGAAGCUCCGCGAACAGAUGGCUGCCUUGGAGGCCGAGCGAGACGAUGCGUGGAAGCAGGCUCAGGAGAUAGCGCGAGAGUUCGAUGACAUGACUGACAAGACGGCCGCUCCCGCGAGAGAGGAGUCCGUUAGUCGCCGUUCUAGUCGGGUCCUCGUUGCACGGAAGAAUAGCACACGGAAGGCUGAACUGCGAUCUUCCCUGCACACGCGUAGCCAAAGGUCGUCAACGAGCGAUGCUCAUCGGAACAGUACCGCAGGUUCACCGGGGGUGCGCUCGGCUCCAAUCGAGGAGAUUCCACCUGUGCCCCGACUCCCAAUCCGAACACCACUCGGAAUAAUGACUGACGUGCCAAGCGGUCACUCGACAGCAGACUUAAUGUCCGAUUCUGCUUCCUCUGGACUCAGAGCGUUGACUGAGGCACAGAGGGAGCUGUGCGAGAUCCUCGGUAUCUCUUUGGAGGAGUUGAGGCCGUCGAGGCCGCAGUCGAUGUCCACUUUCGAGGGGAGGGGCGUUUCGCCAAGGAAAAGACGAAAUUCGGAAGUUCUUGCAACGAAACAGCGCACUCCAGGAAGUGCUCAAGCGACUUUCCGGAUUAGCUAG